AUGAGGCCCGAAGUAGAGCAAGAGCUCGCCCAUACCCUGCUCGUCGAGCUUCUAGCAUACCAGUUCGCAUCACCAGUACGAUGGAUCGAAACGCAGGAUGUCAUAUUGGGCGAGAAGACGACAGAGCGGAUAGUGGAGAUCGGUCCCGCAGACACUCUCGGUGGUAUGGCAAAGCGGACAUUAGCAGCAAAAUACGAAGCAUACGACGCAGCUAGAUCAGUACAACGACAAAUCCUCUGCUACAACAAAGACGCCAAGGAUAUCUACUACGAUGUUGACCCUGUCGAGGAUGAGCCUGCGGCAGCUGCGCCAAGCUCAGGCAGUGCGGCUCCAGCUGCAGCAUCGUCAGCAGCUCCAGUCGCAGCAGCAGCACCACCGCCACCAAGUGCUGGGCCGGCGGCGUCUGUAGCUGAUGCGCCUGUUGGAGCUGUGGAAAUCCUGCGAACACUCGUGGCACAGAAGCUGAAGAAGCCAUUGGCUGACAUCCCUCUGAGCAAGGCCAUCAAAGAUCUCGUUGGAGGUAAAUCGACACUACAGAAUGAGAUCCUCGGUGACCUUGGGAAAGAGUUCGGCUCAACACCUGAGAAGCCAGAAGACACACCACUGGACGAGCUAGGAGCAGCAAUGCAGGCGACCUUCAAUGGCCAGCUUGGCAAGCAGUCUACGUCAUUAGUCGCAAGAAUGGUGUCGUCGAAAAUGCCGGGAGGUUUCAACAUCACAGCCGUACGGAAACAUCUCGAGACAAGGUGGGGUCUUGGACCUGGCAGGCAAGAUGGCGUUCUACUCAUGGCCUUGACCAUGGAGCCUGCGGCACGUCUUGGCUCGGAGAAUGAUGGCAAGGCGUGGUUGGACGAUGUUUCACAGAAGUAUGCAACACAGGCUGGCAUCAACCUGUCGUCUGGUCCUGCUGGCGGAGAUGGCGCUGGAGGUGCUGGUGGCAUGAUGAUGGACCCUGCCGCCCUCGACGCUCUCACGAAAGAUCAAAAGGCACUGUUCAAGCAACAGCUCGAGCUCUUUGCACGAUAUCUCAAGAUGGAUCUGCGAGCUGGCGACAAGGCUGCGCUGGUGGGCAAGCAGAACGAGGUUGCGUUACAAGCACAGCUUGAUCUGUGGAACACCGAGCAUGGCGAGUUCUAUGCCAGCGGUAUCGAGCCUUCAUUCAGCCCUCUCAAGGCUCGUGUAUACGACUCUUCGUGGAACUGGGCUCGCCAGGAUGCACUCACCAUGUACUACGACAUCAUCUUUGGUCGACUGAAGGCCGUCGAUCGCGAGAUCGUCAGCCGCUGCAUCCUCAUCAUGAAUCGAUCAAACCCAGCUCUUCUCGACUUCAUGCAAUAUCACAUUGAUCACUGCCCAACCGAGCGCGGUGAAACAUACGAGCUGGCUAAGAUGCUCGGUGAACAGCUCAUCGACAACUGCCGCGACGUCCUUGGUGAAGCACCUGUCUACAAGGAUGUCGCCAUGCCCACUGCACCACAUCUGGAGAUCGACGCACGCGGCAACAUGAACUACGACGAAGCUCCUCGUGCAUCCGUGCGAAAGCUCGAGCACUACGUGCGUGAGAUGGCAGAGGGUGGCAAGAUCUCCGAAUAUGGCAACCGCACCAAAGUCCAGAACGACCUCCAGCGCGUGUACAAGCUCAUUCGACAGCAACACCAACUGUCCAAGUCAUCACAGCUCGAGAUCAAGUCACUGUACAGCAACAUCGUACGCUCACUAUCCAUGAACGAGGGCCAGAUCAUCCCGACCGAGAACGGCAAGUCCACCGGCCCGAAGGUCAACGGCUCGUUGAAGAAGAAGGGCGGCAACGGUCGUGUUAAUCCGUCAUCCAAGCAAGGCAAGAUCGAGACCGUACCUUUCUUGCAUCUCAAGCGCAAAGAAGAGCAUGGCUGGGAGUACAGCAAGAAGCUCACGAGCAUCUACCUCGAUGGUCUGGAGCAAGCCGCCCGCGCUGGUGUCACUUUCCAGAACAAGAAUGUCCUCAUGACUGGUGCUGGUGCUGGAUCUAUUGGUGCCGACGUGCUCAAGGGUCUGAUCAGCGGUGGUGCGCGAGUCAUCGUUACCACUUCUCGCUUCUCUCGUGAGGUCACUGAGUACUACCAGGCUAUGUAUGCUCGUUCUGGUGCUCGCGGCUCGCAGCUUGUGGUUGUGCCUUUCAACCAGGGUAGCCAGCAGGACGUCAAUGCGCUGGUCGACUACAUCUACGAUGAGAAGAAGGGCCUUGGCUGGGAUCUUGACUACAUUGUGCCUUUCGCUGCCAUUCCAGAAAACGGCCGCGAAAUCGACAGCAUUGAUUCGAAGUCGGAGCUUGCUCACCGUAUCAUGCUUACCAACCUUCUGCGCAUGUUGGGUGGUGUCAAGGCACAAAAGGCAGCUCGUGGCUUCGAGACACGUCCUGCGCAGGUCAUCCUGCCACUGUCGCCAAACCACGGCACCUUCGGCAACGACGGUCUAUACUCCGAGUCCAAGCUUGCUCUCGAGACUCUCUUCAACCGAUGGCAUUCCGAGAGCUGGGGCAACUUCCUCACCAUCUGCGGUGCAGUCAUCGGCUGGACUCGUGGUACAGGUCUUAUGGGCGGGAACAACGUCGUUGCGGAAGGCGUGGAGAAGUAUGGCGUUCGCACUUUCUCACAGCAAGAGAUGGCUUUCAAUCUGCUCGGUCUCAUGGCACCAUCCAUCGUGAACCUAUGCCAACUCGAGCCAGUCUUUGCGGACCUCAACGGCGGCCUACAGUUCUUGCCUAACCUCAAGGACCUGAUGACGAGACUCCGAAAGGAGAUCACUGAGACUUCUGAGAUUCGUCGUGCUGUUACUCGUGAGACUGCGGUCGAGAACAAGAUUGUCAAUGGCGAAGCUAGCGAGGCGUUGUACAAGACUGUUAAGGUCGACAAGCGCGCUAAUCUGAAGUACGACUUCCCUCGACUGCCGGACUGGAAGUCCGAGGUUGAGCCGCUUAAUGGCGAUCUCAAGGGUAUGGUCGACCUUGAGAAAGUGGUUGUCGUCACUGGUUUCUCAGAGGUCGGACCAUGGGGCAACUCAAGGACCCGCUGGGAGAUGGAGGCUUUUGGCGAGUUCUCGCUCGAGGGUUGUAUCGAGAUGGCGUGGCUCAUGGGUCUGAUCAAGAACCACAAUGGCCCUCUCAAGGGCAAGAGCUACUCCGGCUGGGUCGACGGCAAGACCGGGGAGCCGGUCGAGGACAAGGACAUCAAGGCCAAGUACGAGUCGCAUGUUCUGGAGCACUCAGGUAUCCGACUUAUCGAGCCUGGACUGUUCAACGGCUACGAUCCUAAGAAAAAGCAAUUGUUGCAGGAGAUUCAGAUUGAAGAGGAUCUGGAUCCCUUCGAGGCGUCCAAGGAGACUGCUGCUGAGUUCAAGCGCGAGCAUGGUGAGAAGGUUGAGACUUUCGAGCUUGAGUCUGGCGAGUUCCAGAUCCGGCUCAAGAAGGGUGCUACGCUUCUCAUUCCCAAGGCGCUCCGCUUCGACAGAUUGGUUGCUGGUCAGAUACCAACUGGAUGGGACGCGAAGCGAUAUGGUGUGCCCGAAGACAUAAUCUCCCAGGUUGACCCGGUCACACUCUACGCUCUGGUUGCCACCGCUGAGGCUCUCAUGUCCUCUGGUAUCACGGACCCGUACGAGUUCUACAAGUACGUGCACAUCUCGCAAGUCGGUAAUUGCAUUGGCUCUGGUAUCGGUGGUACUUCUGCUCUGCGUGGCAUGUACAAAGACCGAUGGACCGACAAGCCGGUGCAGAAGGACAUCCUCCAAGAAGCUUUCAUCAACACGAUGGCUGCUUGGGUCAACAUGUUGCUCAUCUCCUCCACUGGCCCCAUCAGGACACCCGUCGGUGCUUGCGCUACUGCUGUGGAGUCUAUCGAUAUUGGUUACGACUGUAUUGUGGAGGGCAAGGCACGCAUCUGUUUCGUUGGUGGUGUGGAUGACUUCCAAGAGGAAGGUUCGUAUGAGUUCGCCAACAUGAAGGCUACCAGCAACGCCGAGGACGAAUUCGCUCACGGUCGCACGCCAAAAGAAAUGUCUCGCCCCACAACAACGACCAGGAACGGCUUCAUGGAAUCUCAAGGUUCGGCCGUGCAGGUUAUUAUGGAUGCACAACUCGCGCUCGAUAUGGGUGUGCCGAUUUACGGUAUCAUUGGUUUCACUGCCACUGCCACCGACAAGAUCGGCCGCUCGGUACCGGCUCCUGGCCAAGGUGUUCUCACCACUGCUCGUGAGCAGCCUUCCAGGUUCCCAUCGCCAUUGCUCGAUAUCAAGUACAGGAAGCGACAGCUCGACUUGCGACGCAAGACCAUCAAGAAUUGGCAGGAGUCUGAACUUAUGUACCUGCAGGAGGAGGUGGCAGCUAUGAAGCAGCAGGGAGGCGAGUUCAACGAGACCGAGUACCUCGAGGACCGUGCAUCGCACAUUGAGCACGAGGCGAGACGGCAGGAGAAGGACGCUCUGGCAAGUCUCGGCAACAACUUCUGGAAAGCCGACUCGCGUAUUGCACCUCUCCGCGGUGCGCUCGCCACCUGGGGCUUGACAGUCGAUGACAUUGGCGUUGCGUCCUUCCACGGCACCUCUACCGUCGCCAACGACAAGAACGAGUCCGAUGUCAUCUGCCAGCAGAUGAAACACCUUGGUCGUAAGAAGGGCAAUGCGCUGAUGGGUAUAUUCCAGAAGCACCUGACUGGUCAUCCAAAGGGUGCUGCUGGUGGGUGGAUGUUCAAUGGCGCCCUCCAGGUCCUCGAGACCGGUCUUGUGCCAGGCAACCGGAACGCGGACAAUGUUGACAAGGUCAUGGAAAAAUUCGACUACAUUGUCUACCCAAGCCAGAGCAUCCAGACAGAUGGCGUCAAGGCUGUAUCGAUCACCUCCUUUGGUUUCGGUCAGAAAGGUGCUCAGGCCAUUGCGAUUCACCCACGGUACCUCUACGCCGCUCUCGACCACGUACAAUUCCAGACCUAUAAGCAGAAGGUCGAGUCACGACAGAAGAAGGCCUACCGCUAUUACCACGACGGUCUGAUCAAUAACACCAUGUUCCGCGCCAAGGACAAGACGCCCUACGAGGACGCGCAACAGAGCGCCGUCUUCCUCAAUCCUCAAGCACGUGUGACUCGGGACGCUAAGACCUCCAACCUCACAUACCCUAAAGUCGCGCCUGCGCAGAUGAAGGACAAGAGCACGACCGAGAUGGUCGAGACGCUGAUGAAGGUUAAUGCCUCCGCGAACUCGAACCCGGGUGUUGAUAUUGAAAGCAUCGACGCCAUCGACAUUCACAACGAUACUUUCUUGGAGCGAAACUUCACCCAGGGCGAGAUUGCGUACUGCCAAAAGGCUCCGUCUCCACAGGCAAGCUUCACAGGCAAGUGGAGUGCCAAAGAGGCCGUUUUCAAGAGUCUGAAGGUGGAGAGCAAAGGUGCUGGGGCGCCGCUUAGGGAUAUUGAGAUUGUGAACGACGAGAAUGGAGCACCUAGUGUUGUACUUCAUGGUGACGCUAAGGCUGCUGCUAGCAAGGCCGGCGUCAAGUCGACGACUGUCAGUAUAAGUCACAGUGAUGCGCAGGUCAUUGCUGUGGCUAUUUCGUCUUUCUAA